AUGUCGUCGAGCAGGUUCUCGCCGGUGCUGCAGGCGUCCGAUCUCAACGACUUCAUCGCGCCUUCGCAGGACUGCAUCAUCUCCCUCAAUAAGAACACCUCCUCCUCCCGCCGCCUCCAGAACAAACAGAAAGAAACUACAGUGAGCUCAAAACCUCCAGAGGACGCAGUCAAAAUUUCACUAAAAGACUGUCUGGCAUGCAGUGGUUGUAUAACAUCCGCAGAGACGGUUAUGCUGGAGAAGCAAAGCUUGGGUGACUUCAUUGAUCGCAUAAACUCUGAUAAAGCUGUUAUUGUAUCUGUGUCUCCCCAGUCAAGAGCAUCACUAGCUGCAUUCUUCGGUCUUUCUCAGUCACAGGUUCUCAGAAAACUGACUGCUUUGUUGAAGUCGAUUGGCGUAAAGGCCGUUUUUGACACAAGCUCGAGUCGAGAUCUAUCUCUUAUUGAAGCAUGCAAUGAAUUUGUUUCACGUUAUCAGAAAAAUCAAUCAUCUAGUGGCCAAGAAGCUGGAGCCAAUCUUCCAAUGAUUUCAUCUGCAUGCCCGGGUUGGAUAUGCUAUGCUGAAAAGACUCUUGGUUCAUACAUCCUACCUUACAUCUCAUCUGUAAAGAGCCCACAACAGGCAAUUGGUGCAGCCAUUAAGCACCAUGUGGUUGAGAAACUUGGUCUAAAGCCGGAUGAUGUAUAUCAUGUCACUGUGAUGCCCUGCUACGACAAGAAGCUAGAGGCCGUCCGGGAUGAUUUCACUUUCUCAGUAGACGGUAAAGAAGUCACAGAGGUGGAUUCAGUACUGACAACUGGUGAAGUGUUAGACUUGAUACAGUCCAAAUCUAUCGAUUUCAAGACAGUAGAGGAAUCUUCAUUGGACAGAUUGUUAACAAAUGUUGAUGAGGAAGGCCAUCUAUAUGGGGUUUCUGGAGGUUCUGGGGGCUAUGCAGAAACGGUCUUUCGCUAUGCAGCACAUGUAAUUUACAAGAGAGAAAUAGAGGGUCCUCUUGACUUUAGAAUCUUGCGAAAUUCAGAUUUUCGUGAAAUUACAUUGGAGGUGGAGGGCAAACCUGUUUUGAAGUUUGCACUUUGUUAUGGAUUCAGGAACCUGCAGAAUAUUGUUAGGAAGAUUAAGAUGGGAAAAUGUGAAUACCACUUUAUUGAAGUUAUGGCGUGUCCUUCAGGUUGUCUGAACGGGGGAGGUCAGUUAAAGCCUGUUCAAGGCCAAUCUGCCAAGGAACUUAUUCAGCAAUUGGAGAGUGUGUACACACAAGAUAUAUCAAUAUCUGAUCCUUUCAAUAACCCUAUCGCGAAAAAACUAUAUGACGAAUGGCUGGGGCAACCUGGUUCAGAGAAUGCAAAGAAGUAUUUGCACACAGAAUAUCACCCAGUGGUGAAGAGUGUGGCCUCACAGUUACAGAACUGGUAUCUCUGUCCUUGUUGCUCUGCUGUUGGAGUCCCGGUGGCCGGUGAGGGAUGGAGUUUGGCGUUGACCUGCAUUGGAAGAGACCAUACUAAGAGGGUGGUCAACCUCAAAUUUGAUGUCCUGAAUGGACGCAUUGAAGACCUCUACGACAUGCUGAAGGUGGCCCUUUGGGAAGCUCAACCUCAAACUUUUCAAUUGGGCGUGGAGGGGCACCUUGUACUCGCCCCACAACGCCGAAACAAGAAAUCGCCGUCCGACCCCAUGAUUCAUCUCCAACUUACCGGCGAGUACGAAGAUGAGGCGACCAUCUUCAUAACCGUGGACGACCUCUCCAUAUGUGGAUUUGCAAAUAAAACAGUUGACAAGUUCAUUUUAGAAGGACAAAACAAUUUCUUUCCCGAUGGCGAACAUAUACUCAGUUUUGGUAGGGAGUACUCUGAGCUGAUCCGUGGUGGCAUUGGUCGGCUACACACCGUACCUCUGGGAAGGCGAUCAAUGCUCCACGGGUUGCAUGCCCUGUCCUGGCACAAUCCGGAGGUGGGAGAUCUGGAGAUUGUCAACAGCCAGGCAAAGCUUGGAGUCUGCAGGUUUGCAAUGAUGGUGAGUGAGUCACUCAGGCUCACCCCCAUCCGAGACUCCUUCGCUCCAUUGUUUGAUCUAGAGAACUUUGCCUCUCCCGAGGACUGCGAACUCGUGCAAAGUUGGGGUGACAUUUCGAAAGAGCUGCUGAAAUGGAAGGCUUUUCAUUCCUGGGAUGCUGUGAACAAAAAAGCUGAGAAAGAUCAACAUCUGUGA